CUCUAAUUUACAAAUCUGUUUAACUUUCUGGCACCAGUUGUCUGUCGACCGGAGAACCCCUUUAACACUCCUUUUUUUAAUUUUUUUAAAAUAAUUAACAUAUAAUUAACAUACUUUGUAUGUUAUUACUAUUCCAUUUUAUCUGGGUAUAUGUGACUACAAUACACUCUAUGCCAUCGAAACGCACCAAGGAUUGAGCUUUUUCUAACAAAAACAUUAACAAAGCGAAAUGUCUAGUUAUUCUGCUUCUAGGUGCUCGGUGUCGGGGGUGAAGCAGACUCAGUGUCCCUCUGUCGGGCUUUGAUAUGACGUCAGUUCUUGGCUUCAAGAUGAAAGGGCACUCUGGAGAUAAAAGACUGAGCCUGUACCUGAAGGUCUGUAAGAGCCCAGAUGUACAAGAAGCACCCUGCCCGCCCAGGCAGCACACUGUACCAGCCGAGUCACCGGCCAAGAAGGCGGGCAUCGUUGGACAUCCGAGAUCGUAAUGGACGCUGCGGCUUGCAUGACUCUAAAUAAAGAGCGGGGCAAGAACCAACGCGGGUGGUGUGUAUCCAGAAAACGGUAUGAACCUUAGCAUUUUAUUUGAUUAAAGGCCCCCAUGCGGAGCUACCAAGACAAGACUGUGCAAACUUCGUCUCCAGAGAGCGACAUCCAGCCUAAUGGAAAAGCGAAGGGUCAGAAUGAUCAAUGGAAUCGCAGGAACGCCGCCUCCGCCGGCUCACAGUUACAUCAACAGCAGCAUCAGAGUCCUUAUAUCAUGGUCAGCCCUCCAGCCGCCAUCAACUCCUCUUCAUACCUGCGGGCACUGCUACAUGAGAAUAAGCAAGCCGUGGUGAUCCAUCCAAUCACCAGAGACUCUUCUUCUCAGUCUCCUGCCCUACAUGUGACAUCUCCUACUUUACCAACAUUACUGUCAUCAUCAUCAUCAUCACCAUCAGUACCAAACCUGCAGCCCUCCAGAUAUUUCCAAGUGAUGAACAGACACAAGCAAGUGCGCGCUGCACCUCCAGGGUUCAAUCUCGGCAGCCUGGGCUGGGUCCAACAUGGAGCAGACUUCGGAAAAGGCGAAGAAGAUCCUGUCAGCAAGAAAAGUACAGCGUCCGCCUACAUACAGGAACUGUCCCUAAAUACCGAGCGAUCCCAAAAGAAAUCCUUCAGUCACGCUUUAAAUAAGGACAGCACUGAACUCCUCCAUCCCGUUCUCUGUGGUGGGGACUGUAAGUUUCCACGGUGUGAGAAGACGUUUACCGAUCACCGGCAAUUUCUCAGACACCUGUAUGAUGACCAUCACUUGGACAACAAAAGCUCAGUGCAAUGCCUCAUCCAGACAGAGGUGGUGCACAACCUGGAAGAGCAGCUCGCUGUUGAGAAACGGAGACUCCUGGAGAUGCAAAGUUUGAUGACGGGAAAACUCGGCACGGUCCAUGUGUCUAAGCCGAGGGAAAGCAGCCUGAUCCUCCAACCAACCCAUCAUCCCGGAGUCUCCCCUUGGCCAGGACUCAACCUCUCUGUCCCCCUGCAGAAGGAAUUCUCCGACACCGUCCUGGCCUUAAGAAGACAGAUCUGGGAGGGCGCCAGCUUCAACAUAUUCGAGAACAUGACAACCUGCGUGGAGUAUUACAGGACGAACAAUGUGAGGCCACCCUUCACAUAUGCUUCCCUUAUCCGAUGGGCAAUUCUGGAGUCCCCACAAAAGCAGCUGGCAUUAAAUGAAAUCUACCACUGGUUCACUAAAAUGUUUGCUUUCUUCAGACUGAACAAGGUCACUUGGAAGAAUGCCGUGAGACACAACCUGAGCCUCCACAAAUGUUUCGUCCGAGUGGAGAACAUUAAGGGGGCCGUGUGGAUGGUGGACGAGCUGGAAUUCCAGAGGAAGAGGGGAGUGAAGAGCUGUCGCUGACCAGUCCAGCCUUUUGGCUCCUUAUAUACAGGUCGUCCUCUCUUAUACUAAAUAGUCAAGUCCCUCUCUGCCAAUAAAACCUGACUGUUCCUGAG